GGUCUUGCGUUUCGCCGUCGUGUCCUUUUUAGAUCCGCGUCAGCUUUGUGGGUUCCCUUCUCAAGUUUUGACCAAAUCACACAUCGGCUGUCUGCUGGACAUCAGCGUGAAGAAGGUCUCAGGGUUUCAUCUCGAAUCAGGACAAAUUUAACAAAAUGCCUGGACCAGCAGCAAGUGCAACCAACGUCGGGGCGUCUGGCCGUUCCCCCAGCAAGACAGUGGCCCCCCGAGCAGCUGGUUCCACAGUCAGACAGAGGAAAGCCACCAGCAGCGGCACUCGCAGCGGCGGCAGGACCACCGGAUCAGCGGGCACCGGCGGCAUGUGGCGCUUCUACACCGAAGACUCACCAGGCCUCAAAGUCGGUCCAGUUCCGGUUCUGGUGAUGAGUCUUCUGUUCAUCGCUUCCGUCUUCAUGCUCCACAUCUGGGGGAAAUACACUCGUUCUUAAACCGCCUGCUGACCUCUGACCCUCGGCUUCUUAACUCUUCGGACCCGGACCAAACAGCAGCCCCGUUUCCUUCAAGCCAUCACUACGACGACGCACGAAUUGGAUUUCUGUGUCUGUUUUGACACUUAAUCAGCAUCAGACUUUUGGUAAACAUCUUGUUGCUUCUUGCCGUCACUCUCAUGUUUUUUUUUUUUUGUUUGUUUGUUUUUUUACAUUCAGUGGGGUGAAUCGGACAAAGUAACGCCACCUCGGAUCCAGCGCAGGACCUGCCGGUGGAAACUGUUUUUUUCAGGCCCCCCAACAAACAUUUCUCCCCGUAGCCUGAGUUUCAUUUUUUUUUUGUUAACAGCAUUUGUACAAAAUGUUAUUGUAAUAUUGUACAAUAAAAAAGUGAUAAUUAAUAA